AUGGAGGCGGUGGCGGCGGCCCCGGCCCCGGGCGGCGGCCCCGGUACCCUGCUGCUCUGCCUGGCCCUCGCCUCCGGCUUGGCAUUCUUCAGCUGCGUGGGCGCCGACGCCAACGUCACCGCCGGGCAUGGCACGGAGGGGCUCACCUGCGACACGGCCAAGGGGUGCACAGGGAACGGGACGCAGCUGCGGCGGCAGGGCCACUUCUCCCGGUGCCCGGAGGAGUACAAGCACUACUGUGUCAAGGGGAGGUGCCGCUUCCUCGUGGCCGAGCAGGCGCCGGCCUGUGUGUGCGAGCGAGGCUACACCGGGGCUCGCUGCGAGAGGGUGGAUCUGUUCUACCUGCGAGGGGACCAGGGCCAGAUCGUCAUCAUCUCCCUGAUCGCCGCCAUCGUCACCCUCAUCAUCCUCGUUGUCGGCAUCUGCCUCUGCAGUCACCACUGUCGGAGGCAGCGCAGGAAGAGAAAGGCAGAAGAGAUGGAGACGCUGAACAAGGACUCACCUCCCCGAAGCGAGGACGUGCGGGAGACGGGCAUCGCAUGAAGGAGCUCCCGGUACCUGCGGGCGGGUCCCGGGCGGCAGCACCGGCUGGCUCGAUGGGCGAAGGCUAAAACCGCACGGGCGGGCUUGAAUAAAAGGGGUGUCGGAAAGGUG